CUUCAGCUUGUGACGUUGGGACUCUAAGAACAGCUCUAGUAAACUGUGCAUGUUGAUCGUGAAUCACGUUGAGUCUUUAAUAAACUAGAUUUGUACAUUUGAAAACCACCGAUAAUAGUCAUGGGUGAUCAGAAGAGUGGUGAUUUGGCAACAGCAAUCCUUCGAAAAAAGGACAAACCCAAUAGGCUCCUCGUGGAGGAGGCUGUCAACGAUGACAACUCAGUUGUUGCCCUGUCACAGGCCAAGAUGGACGAGCUGCAGCUUUUCCGUGGUGACACAGUCCUCCUCAAAGGAAAGAGACGCAAAGAGACUGUCUGCAUCGUACUAUCUGACGAGACAUGUCCAAAUGAAAAAAUACGAAUGAACCGAGUUGUCAGGAACAAUCUUCGUGUUCGUUUGAGCGACGUUGUUUCUGUUCAGGCAUGUCCCGAUGUCAAGUAUGGAAAACGCAUUCACGUGCUGCCCAUGGAUGAUACUGUUGAGGGUCUCACUGGUAAUUUGUUCGAGGUUUACUUGAAGCCUUACUUCCUGGAGGCUUAUCGUCCCAUUCAUAAGGACGAUAACUUCAUUGUUCGCGGGGGUAUGCGAGCUGUGGAGUUCAAAGUUGUGCAGACUGAUCCUGGCCCUUACUGCAUAGUUGCCCCUGAUACUGUUAUUCAUUGCGAGGGAGAUCCUAUUAAACGAGAGGAAGAGGAAGAAGCCCUGAACGCAGUUGGCUACGACGACAUCGGAGGUGUCCGCAAGCAGCUUGCCCAGAUAAAAGAGAUGGUAGAGCUCCCCCUGCGCCACCCAUCCCUGUUCAAAGCGAUCGGAGUGAAGCCCCCGCGUGGUAUUCUCCUGUACGGACCCCCAGGAACCGGAAAGACGUUGAUCGCUCGUGCUGUUGCCAACGAGACCGGUGCCUUCUUCUUCCUCAUAAACGGUCCCGAGAUCAUGUCAAAGCUCGCUGGUGAGUCGGAGUCUAAUCUUCGCAAGGCCUUCGAAGAGGCUGAGAAGAACUCCCCAGCUAUAAUUUUCAUCGACGAGCUCGACGCAAUAGCCCCAAAACGUGAGAAAACUCACGGUGAAGUCGAGAGGCGUAUUGUGUCCCAAUUGCUGACCCUCAUGGACGGCAUGAAGCAGAGUUCUCACGUUAUUGUCAUGGCUGCCACCAACAGACCGAACAGCAUCGAUGGAGCCCUUCGAAGAUUCGGUCGUUUCGACAGAGAAAUUGACAUUGGAAUUCCAGAUGCCACUGGACGCCUGGAGAUUCUUCGUAUUCACACCAAGAACAUGAAACUUGCUGAGGACGUUGAACUGGAACAGAUCGCUGCUGAGAGCCAUGGCCACGUGGGGGCUGAUCUUGCCUCUCUCUGCUCAGAAGCUGCACUCCAACAAAUUCGAGAGAAGAUGGAUCUCAUUGAUCUCGAGGAUGAUCAGAUCGACGCUGAAGUGCUGGCUUCACUCGCUGUUACCAUGGACAACUUCAAGUAUGCCAUGGCUAAGAGCAGCCCCAGUGCUCUGCGGGAGACCAUCGUCGAAGUGCCAACUGUCUCCUGGGACGAUGUUGGAGGAUUGCAGAAUGUCAAGAAGGAACUGCAGGAGCUUGUGCAGUAUCCUGUCGAGCAUCCUGACAAGUUCUUGAAGUUCGGAAUGCAACCGUCCAGGGGUGUACUGUUCUACGGACCUCCUGGCUGCGGUAAGACACUGCUGGCCAAGGCCAUUGCUAAUGAGUGCCAGGCGAAUUUCAUCUCGGUUAAGGGACCUGAAUUGCUCACUAUGUGGUUCGGAGAGUCUGAGGCUAAUGUCAGGGAUGUCUUCGAUAAGGCAAGAUCGGCAGCCCCCUGUGUUCUCUUCUUCGACGAGUUGGAUUCGAUCGCAAAAUCUCGUGGUGGAUCAGUGGGUGACGGUGGUGGUUCAGCUGAUCGUGUUAUCAAUCAAAUUCUUACGGAAAUGGACGGAAUGGGAGCUAAGAAAAACGUGUUUAUCAUCGGUGCAACGAAUCGUCCAGACAUCAUUGAUCCAGCAAUCCUUCGACCAGGUCGUCUCGAUCAACUCAUAUAUAUUCCACUGCCCGACGAGAAGUCACGCGAAGCUAUCUUCAAGGCCAAUCUACGCAAAUCGCCAGUAGCUAAAGACGUUGAUCUGACAUACAUUGCUAAAGUGACACACGGAUUCUCGGGUGCUGAUUUGACUGAGAUCUGUCAACGUGCCUGUAAAUUAGCCAUUAGACAGUGCAUCGAGACUGAGAUUCGUAGGGAAAAGGAACGCAUGAAUAAUCCAUCGGUGUCCAUGGACACUGAUGAUGACGAUCCAGUUCCGGAGAUUACGAGGGCUCACUUCGAGGAGGCCAUGAGGUUCGCUCGUCGCUCAGUGUCGGAUAAUGAUAUCAGGAAAUACGAGAUGUUUGCACAGACGCUACAGCAGUCACGAGGCUUUGGCACCAACUUCAGAUUCCCCCAAAAUGCUGGUGGUGGUCCACAAGAUUCAACGCAGGGUGAUCAAACCUUCCAAGACGAUGGUGACGAUGAUCUCUAUAGUUAAGUUUUCGUAACUGUAAUGUUCAUUGUAGUGAAACGCACCACAAAAGGGCCUGUCUGUAUCCUCAUUGUUUACCUCCCCCUCUUUUUUCACGUGUAAGUUUUUACACCUGUCACGAUUUCUAGGGCUAUGAUUACUCAUAAAUAAAUAUAAAAUACGAGAUGAAAAGUGACAAUUGAUUGUGGUCUCCUUCAUUAUUAAUUGGAUCGAAGAAUAAACGUCCCUUAUCACUUCUCAUCUCAGAGAUCAUAAAUAUAAUCUGGGCCCAGAUAACUCAUUAAGUAAUUAAAGAAAAUAUGAAUGAAAUAAAUAAAUAAGAAUUCAAUAAAAUCAUUUUUUAAAAAUGAAAUAAAUAUUAGUUUGUCGUGUUUUUAUACCGAAUUUAUGAUUGAGUGAAUUAUAAAAUUUUUAUAUGCCCCUGAAACCUCAUCUCGCAUUCCAUUUCAAUGAAAAAAUGAAAAUAUUUCGAACAUUGCUACCCCAGAUUAUUCUAUGACAGACCCUUUUGUUAUGUCGUUACACUGUCAACUUUUUUCACGAAAAAAAAUCGUCACAAGUAGGUUUGAAAAAAGAAUUGUCGAUAAUUCAGGAGUAAAGAUAUUAAAACGUAACAGAAUGAGUUGAAUCUUCAUAUUUUGUUGAAUCUGAAGUGAUCUCGAUAACGAAUGAUUCAAGAAAAAAAUAUCGGGAGAUAUCUCUUGCAAAUUUCUUCACUUUCAAACAAACUUCUGACAUUUUCCCCUGGAAUAUCUCGGUCUGAGAUGACUACAGAAUUAACAAAUGUGGAAAAUUCCACUCAUUACGUUUUUCCUUUCACUACAUAAUUCAUACUGCGUUAAGGAUAAAAUAAUAACAGAUAAAUAAAUGAAAUAAACAGAAAUGGAAAAAACAGUGAGGCUAUGCAUUGAUUGAGUGAAAUAAAUACCUUUUGGUUGUGCCAAUUUGGUUGAAGACA